UUCCUGAGUCAACCUCGCCUCAUAAUUUGGUGUUAAGGCACCAUCUCAUUCCUAUAUAAUCAGUGUGGGAGUGGGGAGGGGCAUGAUAUAUGCAGUCGUGCACCAUGGGAAGCAUGGAGGUGCAUCAGUUUGCACGUGGGCUCAUGUUUGAGCACGAACCUUCCCUCACUCUGGGCUUCAAACGCUUACGCCCUCUUGCCCCCAAGCUCCACAACAACACUCACUCUCAUUCCCUUUCCUCUUUCAUCAGACCCGAAAGUGGCCCCAGAAAACUCCCUUCCCCUCACCCUCACCCUCACCCUCACAAAGAUUCGCCGCCCCAGGUGGAGGCGCACCCAGGAGGAACGAGGUGGAAUCCGACGCAGGAACAGAUAGGGAUACUGGAGAUGCUGUACAGAGGUGGAAUGCGAACUCCAAAUGCUGAGCAGAUAGAACAGAUCACUGCUCAGCUUGGCAAAUACGGCAAAAUCGAAGGCAAGAAUGUCUUCUACUGGUUUCAAAACCACAAGGCCCGUGAAAGACAAAAGCAGAAACGCAACCCUAAUACUAGCACCACUUCUUCUACUCCUCCACCUACCACUGCCAUUCCUUUAACUUUACGGACAACGGGCCAAGUAGGAGAAGGAGAGCAGGAAAACCCGUUGAGGAAGAGGUGUAGGAGCCUGGCAUUUGAGUGCUUUCCAUUAGAAGAAAGCAGAUUAUUACGUAGAGAUGAGGAAUACAAAACCCUGGAGCUUUUCCCGUUGCACCCGGAAGGCAAAUGAAGGGGUUUCCCAUUAUUUAUGAUCCUACUUAAUUCCUCGUCUUCACUACUGAUUUCACCGACUAGCGACUGCUUUCAUUGCUUUCGUCGUCUCCUUUCCUUUGUGUAAGACAAAGCGGCCCGUCUGUGCUGCUCUUCAUCUCAAUGUACUUACUCACUAUUCCUGACUUUGAAAUGGAAGCGCCAUUUUAUGUC